CACCUUGACAUGGCACUUCGCAGGGCAGACAUGUUUGCGGUGGAGAACUAAACUAAUUUGAUCACUAUUGCGGCCAUAGAUUAGCUGGGAGAUCGUCAGACUGAAGUAAAACUUCAAUCCUACGGAUGCCUAUCUGAAGGUCGUGUGUUCGAGUCACACUGGCCGCAUCAAUUUUUUUGUCAUUUUUCUUUCUCUUGUCAAUAAAUAUGCUGCCAAAGCGUGGCAGAGCUACGCGUGCAGGCAUGUCACUUACUUUUUGCCAUCUGAGACAGCCGCUUGAUAGAGAUUGGCGAAUGCAACCCAGAGUGCCGACCACAGCGUCGCCCCAGAGUGGUCGGUGCCGAAUGCUCGCUCGCCCGUCUCACGGUCUGUUCCAAACUCCGCACCUCCGUUGGACAAGCGGUGUUUGCCGAUCUGGGCAUCGAGUGCGCUACUACUGUCCGAGAGAAAGGGCUGGAUUGGCCAUCUAGGCCGCUGAGUUGCGGGCAUGUCUCGGAUAGUUUAAUUCGCCCCGUGGUGGUUUAUAUGUAGUCGUCAUCAAUUGCCUCUGCCGCUGCCAUUGCCAUCAGUCCCUUAAGCAACAACUAAUUGUCCACGAUAAAGGAGAGGAAACAAGAAACACAUUUCGGCAAUGAAGCUCGUUAUUGCAGGAUCCACCGGCUUCGUCGCCACGGAGCUCAUCCGCCAGGCCAUUUCGCACGAUCGUGUCACCUCGGUCGUCGCGCUCGGUCGUCGCGAAACGGCGGUUCCGCCCAAUGUCGUUCCCGGCGGCGACGCGUCCAAGCUCAAGUCGGUCGUGUGCAGCGACUUUGAGAAGUACUCGGCCGAUGUGAAGAAGGAACUGGCAGGCGCAGAUGCCUGCAUCUGGACAAUCGGUGUGACGCCGUCGCAUCUCAAGACGAUGCCGUUUGAGCAGGCGACCAAGAUCAGCCGCGACUACGCCCUCGCCUGUGCCGAGACUAUGGCUGGCCUGCCUCGUGGCGCGGCCGGCACUCCGCUGCGCUUCAUCUACAUGAGCGGGUCCGGCGCAGUGCGGGAUCCGGCCAAGAAGCCGUGGAUCCUGGGAGACUAUUGCGUCAUGAGGGGCAAUGCCGAGUCGCGGGUCCUCGAUCUUGCGAAGCAGUCUAACGGCUCGGUAGAGACCGGCAUCGCGAAGCCUGGGCUCAUCGACGCGCCGGGCAAGAUGGGCGUGGCGACCAAGUUUGCGGUUGGCAUUGGCCGCGCCUUCAUUGGCCUGCCUCUGAUUGACGUGCGCGUGCUCUCGGCUGCGCUUCUUGACCAGGCGGUCAACGGGCUCGACAAGGACACGCUGCUCAACGAGGACAUGGAGCGCAUCGGACAGCGGGUGCUAGAGGGAGAUACGGCCAACAAGGCGUAG